GUUUUCCAAAUAUUUGCAGUUGUCAGAUUCUCUUUAGGCAAUCUGUAGCUUCAACAUUACAGGGAGGAACAGAACUUACAGAAGGUUUCACCAAAAUGACAUUCACAAGGCAGUGUCACUAUGACUGGUGAGUUCCUGGUGCAGUACCAGCCGCCCAUACUGGGCACCUACAGGAAGAGCAAGAGACUGCCUAGGGGAAACACUGCACAGCACUGGGGAUCGGUCUGCAUAAAUCAAACGGGAAAAGAACCUGCUCUAAGUAAAAAGUUACAGACUGCACAUUCCUAUACAGACUUUUCUAUGUUACAUCUCAGAAAAAUAUAGACCGUAUAUUCCUAGACAUUAUUCUGUAAAAAAAUACUAAAGGCGCAGCACUAAACUAAACAAGGGAAAGGUUUAACAAUAUAAAGAGCUUAUGAGACUGCUCCACAGUGAUAUGGCACAUACCUAAACAAGAGACUGCUUUAGACACAUACGGGAACAGCACAGCCUGCAGAAGAUUGAAUAAGAGACUGCUCCAGAGUGAUAAGGCACAUAGCUAAACAAGAGACUGCUUUAGACACAUACGGGAACAGCACAGCCUGCAGAAGAUUGAAUAAGAGACUGCUCCAGAGUGAUAAGGCACAUAGCUAAACAAGAGACUGCUUUAGACACAUACGGGAACAGCACAGCCUGUAAAAGAUUGAAUAAGAGACUGCUCCAGAGUGAUAAGGCACAGAGCUAAACUAGAGACUGAUUUAAACACAUACAGGAACAGCACAACCUGCAUAACAUUGAAUGCUGACAGGCAAACAUAAGGAAACUGCACAGGGCUGAAAAGGAAAGUUGCAUAAUUAGUGCUGCCAAAAUCAGAAUAAGAUUUCAUUCUGUGAAAGGAAAAGUAAACUGCAGCAAAAAGACUAUAGAAAUCUGCACCAAAGACUUCAUAAAGCACCUGAAGUGAAUAGAGACAGACAGCUUCAGUGUGAGUGACUGCUACACACACAAGCACCAAAAUACAUGCAUGCCUAAUAAAAGACAUUGAGAAAACAGAUUUCAAAAGAGACUGAGGAAAAGCAGUCCUUCCGCUGACCUGAGAGGAGGAGGAGACAGCCUCACCCACACGCAGAGAGUGUUCAGAGGAGAGGCAAAGAGCACAGGGAGACAAGCACCUGCAAAAUGAUUCAGAGACAGCUGCAUAGAAUGAGACAGCUGGCCAACCAUGGCCCAGGCAGAUCUCAGGAUGUUACAGAUAUACUGACGGAGGAUUUGCUGCUGGCAGAUCAGCAGGUAGAACCAGUAAAGAAGCUGGCUCACCUAGUUGGAAAACGUCUGGUCAGUUGUUUGCAGGCUCCUGCAGGCUCUGAUAGGGAAAAGAAAUUGAAGAAGCUGGCUCUUUCAUCACUUUCAUGGACAAUGGCAGAAUGUCUCAAGGAAAUUGACAGCGAAUCAAGGAUGAGGAGGACCGUGGAGAUGGGCUGCUGUGUAGAGGGAAUUCUGUCACAAGACCUAGCAGAUUUUGAAAUCAGCCUUGAGAGGGACGUGUUACAGCCACUCGCCAAACUGAGUGAGGAAGAUCUGCCAACCAUCCUGAAGCACAGAAAACAGCUCCAGAAACUGAUUACAGACUGGAACACUGCCAAGAGCAGGCUGUCUCAGAUCCAGAAGAAUAUAAAUGCCGGGCAAGGAGGGGGCAGCACAGGAACAGCAGCAAAACUGGAGAGUCUCAAGGAGGAGGAGGACGAGCUAAGGAGGAAACUAGAACAGAGCAAGGAUGAGUACAUCGCUGAUCUGUAUAACUACACCACCAAGGAGAAAGAGUGUGAGAGAUAUUUUAUUCAGCUACUGGAAUUACAGGCUGAAUAUCAUAAGAAGUCGCUGAGUCACCUGACAGAUGCCCUGGAGGAACUAAAAGACCUUCAGAAAGAAACAGUCCAGGAUUCAAUAGAGCAGGCAUCUGCAGAGGUGUAUGGAGUCCCCCUGGAGACCCAUCUGGCCAAGUUUGAGUGUGAAAUUGCUGUGCCCAUAUCUGCCUGUGUAAGGAUGCUGCUUGCCCAAGGAAUGCAGGAAGAGGGUCUCUUUCGAUUGGCUGCUGGGGCCUCAGUACUGAAGAAGCUGAAGGCCUGUUUGAGAGCUGGAGCCAGUGACCUGAGCAACUUUAUGUCUGAGCCACAUGCAGUAGCAGGCGCUCUGAAAUCAUACCUUAGAGAACUUCCUGAACCUCUUAUGACCUAUGAACUGUUUGAUGACUGGAUGACUUGUGCCAGCACCAAAGACCCAGAGAAACGUUUGGAAUGUUAUCGGGAUGCGUGCAAGAAGCUUCCAGCAGCCAACUACAACAACCUCAGGUACCUCAUUAAGUUUAUGGCAAAGCUGGCAGAGCACCAAGAGGUGAACAAGAUGACUCCCAGCAACAUUGCCAUUGUGCUUGGUCCCAACCUUCUGUGGGCUAAAAGUGAUGGAGAGACAUCCCUGUUGGACAUGGCCUCAGCUUCCCCUAUAAUAGUAGUCAGUGUGGUUGAAGGAUUACUAAACUGUGCUGCAAACAUUUUCCCAGAAGAUGUAGAUUUUGGGGUUUCUGAGGCUUACCAUGAAACGUCCUCUGUCCUGCCAGCACAAUGCUCAGGAAUUAAGAAUCAGGAAUGGCCAAAAGCAGAAGAGACUGCACUUCCACCAUCCAAUGUGUCUGAAAACACAGAAAGUGUCUCUGAAAGUUUGACUGAAUGGGAAGAGCUGAUAAAGUUCUCCACUUCAAAGGCACUUCCUCCUAUUGAAGAGAGUUAUUCCACAAUCCAAAAAUCAGAAGGAAGUCCCACCACUGUGCGUAAAGUGAAGAGACCAGCACCUCAGCGUCCCAACAUCCCUCCUCCUGUUCAACCUCGGGCUAAUCCGGAAACAGCAGAGAGUCAUAGUAGCCCAAAACCAAUCCCCCGCAGAAGUAUGAGCGGCAGUCUAAAGGUCCCAAAUAAGCCCCCACCACACCCACCUCAAAUAACCAAAAGCUUGGGGGAAGGUGACAUUGAACCACCAACAAAGAGUCCACCUCCAAGACCACUUCCAAGGAAUCGAAUUCAGUCGGCAGAAAACUAAAGCCUUUUACUUACAGACCUACUGUAGAAACUGCUUAUGUCACAUCAUGCCCAGUUAAUGUACAGUAUAUGCCAAGAUGAUACUGUUUUCUUGUGUUGCGUGUAAAUGAAGCUACUUGUUGCCAUAUGGACGCAGAGGUUCAUAUAACAACUGAGGCCAUCAUUUUGAGUUUAGUUAAAUAUAGAUUGCCCCAUAAAUUAAUAGAUAAUUGUUCCAAACACUGUUGUCAUAUUUAGAUUUGAACAUAAUCAGCACAACUGCAUUCUGUGUGAACCAAAGUUUAACAACACCUGUAUUGUCCAACACUUCCCAUGGCAGGGAUGCUGAUACCAGGUUGUAGUGUUUUUAAAAAAAAGUAGGUCAGUGCCACCCCCAGGACCCUGAAAAAAUUAUAUAUUUUUUGUUUAAAACUUAGCAUUUUUAUGGCUAUAAGCAAGUGCUUAAACGAUUACUAUAACCUAUUGUUCAACAUAAAUGCAACGAAUAGCACUUGUGCUGAA